CAAUUUUCAACUAAUUGCAGUAAAAUGGCUCCAGUUUUGGCACCAAAAGUAAAAUUGAACAAUGGUUACGAAAUGCCUAUUUUGGGUUUGGGAACGUAUAAGUCCAAAAAUAAUGAAGGAGAAAUUGCUGUUAAACAUGCCAUAGAUGUUGGCUAUCGUCACAUUGAUACGGCUUAUUUCUAUCAAAAUGAAGCUGAAAUUGGUAAAGCCAUUAGAGAUAAAAUUGCUGAAGGUGUUGUAAAAAGAGAGGACAUAUUUUUGGUGACCAAGUUGUGGAAUAUUCACCACGAACCUGAACGUGUCGAAGGUGCAUGUCGCAAACAACUGGAAUUACUUGGCUUAGAUUACAUUGACUUGUAUCUUAUGCACUUGCCCGUGGGUUACAAAUAUGUAAACGAAGAAAGUCUCUUGCCCAAGAAUGAAGAUGGUGUCUUGCAGUUAUCUGAUGUCGACUAUUUGGACACAUAUAAAGCCAUGGAGAAGCUAGUAAAACUUGGCUUGGUACGUAGCAUUGGUGUAUCCAAUUUCAAUAGUGAACAAUUGCAAAGAGUUUUGGAUAAUUGUGAAAUUAAACCAGUAACCAACAAAGUGGAAUGCUCGCCCGCAUUAAAUCAACGUAAAUUAACGCAAUUCUGUAAAGAACGUGAUAUUACCCUUACAGCCUUUUCACCACUUGGCCGGCCAAAACCUUAUAAAAAGAAGCCAGAAUUUUACUAUUCAGAUAAAACCAAGGCGUUGGCUGAUAAAUACAACAAAACUCCCGCACAAAUUAUUUUGCGUUAUUUGGUUGAUAUUGGUGUUAUUCCCAUUCCGAAAUCAUCUAAUCGCAAACAUAUUGAAGAAAAUUUCAAUAUUUUCGAUUUCAAAUUGUCACCAGAAGAUAUUGCCGUUAUGGACACAUUCCAUACUGGUGAACGUUUGGUGCAAUUUAAUUUAAUCAAGGCACAAAAUCAUAAAUACUGGCCACUCAGCAUUGAAUUUUAA